AUGUCUCUAGAUGACGACGGCUUCAAGGGAAUGAGGCUGAGGGAGAAGGGGCACCUCAUCGAGUUCACAAAGUACUACAACAAUCUGCCUCCGCCGGUCCCCGAAUCUGCCCUUGCAGUUAUCAAUUUUCAAGACAUGGAAGUCAGCGAUCUUGCCGGCCUGGCUUUGGCAGUGGAGCAGAACAAGGUUCAAGAUUUCGACAACGACAUUCUCUAUGUAUAUGCACUAUACCACAUCUUUCUGAAAACCAAAAAUUUAGAAAAUUUAGAACGAGCAAUCAGCAAACUGGAUAGCUUACUGAGUGCUAUCGAGCCGACUAGUCCUCAAUAUGACUCCGGCUUGAGAACGCUUAUUGUGUUACUUUCAAAGAAGUUUGAGUACACCGUUGAUCUCCCGGACCUUGGAGCGGCUGUGUAUCGAGCACAGGAGCUACUGAGCAUGACCGAUCGGCUGGAUCCGGAGCGAUAUCCAAGGCAGGCUGAAUUGAUGACUUUGCUUGGGAGAUACGCCGGCUUGACUGGGGAUCAAACUGCUCUGGAUGAAUUGGCAGACGACGCUAGCGCUGCCGCCAUCGAUGCCGUGAUGUGCCUGCAAACCCCAAGGGAGGAGAUGUGCACGCCGGGAGACAAGUCAGUCUUGAUGGAGAAGCUGAAAGAUGGACUAGCAGGUAUACCACCGACGCUUGAGCACCGGAAUCUUCUGCUUGACAACCUCGCAACGCUUGCAUUUUUCCAUUGGAAGCACCAUGACCAGGAUCCGGUGGCGCUGGAAGAAGCAAUCACAAUUGGUGAACUGGCUCUACCGGCGGCUCCAGAUGACGAAGGGAAGGCCAUCCGACUUAUGGGAAUAUCAGCCUGUCUGGGCCUCAAAUACCAAGAAUAUUCACACGACCUGAAUGAUCUUCAGUCCGCCAUUUCGAGACUCCACCAAGCAAUAAUCGCCGGGUCUGAAAAGUAUCGCGAUACUUAUCUCAGAAAUCUGCAUGAUUUGCUGGUUCUGAGAUUCCAGCAUACCCAUCGCGUCUAUGACUUGGAGCGGGCAGUUCGCAUAUUUGAACGCCUCUUGCUCAAAUUACCACCUGGACACGAUGAAAUCCCAUUCAUACAGGACCUCCUCUCCAUAGACUUGGCAGAGCUGUUCAAAACACGACGAGGCCCCAAAGCUUUGGCAGUGAUAGACAGAGCUAUUCAGCUGAAUGCCGAGGUACUGGGGUAUAUCGACAAACACCCGGAUGGAGAGGCUGUGACGCGCUGGCUCUGCAAUUACGCUAAUCGCCUCGAGUUGAGAUAUGAGCACAAGAAUGUCGUCGAAGAUUUGGAACUGGCCGAUCAACUGUAUGAGCGAGCUGUCAGUUACCCGUACGAUGAGCGGAAAGACAGGCCCCGGUAUCUCGCUAGCUAUGCCUUUCACUUGCUCAAGAGGUACCUGUAUUCCCGUCAGGCGGAGGACCUUGAUAGAGCUAUGGGAAGAUGCAAUGAGGCCCUCUCCCAGUCCUCUAGCUUCUUCAACGACGUAGUGUACUCCCUAGUUACAGCACUAAGCAACGCCCGCGAUCUCGUCUCCGAUUUUACGUCAAAUGCACUCAGAUCGCUUCCGCAACCGUCCCGGCAACGUAACUUGCCACCGCAAACGAGGCAUUUCUUUCAGCCGACCAUCGCUCAAUCAAAGAGGCGGAUGCUAUCCUCUGCUGCUGCAGAAACUGAGUACACGCUGGAUGAAAGGGAGCAACCUAAGACUUCGGCGGCGGAAUCCACAUUAGCAUUCAAGGUCGAAAUGUACGACGAUGAAGAUGAAGAAGAUGACUGGGUAAUACCGCCUAUCCGACGCACAAUAGAAUCCAAGAAUCUCGUUGAACUAAGUACCUGCGGGGAUGUCACCCAAUCACAGAAUGGGUCUCGUCAGGUUACCUGGCAAUCCGAUUUAGACCUUGAAAGCGAGAUCAGCCAAUCCCAGAUAUCCUCCAGGACGCAAUCAGAACCCAGCACCUCUGGUACAGCCACAUCGGUACCAUGUAGUGUUUAUGAUGAAUCAAGUGAAGAAGAAUCUUUCAGCAUUUCGGCACGAAAGAAUCGGAUUGUCGACCAAAUCAUGAUUGAAUUCUAUCAUUACAACUAUGAUGAAGACUCCGGCCAGCAACCUAUCAAUUCUCCUUCCUCUGCAGGGUUCGCUUGUUACGAUUCAUACCUUAGACACGAACUACCUCAAAAGGUCCGACAAGAAUUGGAAGCCGAGAUGGAAGAGGAGCUUGGCCUUGUGGGCGAGAAAUUGAAAAGUCAGCUGUCCGCCAUUGUUCGGAACUCCCUCGAACAGCUCUGCCAGACGUUCAAAGAGAAAUCUUCGUCCGUUAAUCCUGCCACGCACGAUGAUCAUCAUGUACAGGAACUCGAUAAUAACGCGACCAUCUCAUCUGAUCCGGUUGAUCCACACUCGUUACCAGGUUCAUCGACCAAUUACGACUUGGCGGCAUUUGAAAUUCCUUCUGAGGCGUGCCUUGAGUUUUGGGAUGACUUCAUGGCGAACGACUUCAUGGCUUCCUCGGCCAUGAACGGAGGAGAUCCAUCUGAUUCAGGUUACGGUUCUCUUGAUCGAAUUCAAGUGCCACAUACCGCAACGGCUGUAGGCACUUCUUGUCCUCCUGAAAUAGAGGGAUCACGGAUGCUACCGUUGUUGGAUUCUCAAUCAGAAUGGCCACAGAUAGAGGGAAGACAGACCUUUGCUUUGCCACUCAGCAACACGGAGCAUGGUGAAGAUUUUGGCGAGGCUGGAAGCGCAUAUAUUGGGAAGGGGAAGGGCAGAGCGAAAGAGUAUGAUAAUACGCUAAGCCGGGCCUAAGCGGACCUUAGCCGUAGCAGCGUGGGAUCACGUGAGUAAUGGGGAUCGAGGGUGUGCACAUUGGAGUGUUGUAACACCUAUUACAAAAUACUAAAUGUAUACAACUUCUCC